ACCAUUGGUCACAUUGCUUGCGCUGCUGUUGUAAAAAAUGCAAAUGCAAAAAUUGCAAAUAACUAAAAACUAUAAUAGUAAUAGUAUCAAUCAACAAUAAUUUGUUCAACUUAAGUGCUAGCAGUUGAAAUGCUUUAAAUGUUUAAGUCUUGUUAUCUAGUGGCGUAAAGUUACAGUGCACAGCAAUUGCAAAAAGUUUAGAUUCUUGCGCGAAGAUGUUGCCGCCGCGGGAGCAUGUGGAUCUGGAGUGCUUCAUUGUGACCAAGCACUCGUGGAAGGGUAAAUAUAAGCGCAUUCUCUCUAUUGGCACCACCGGCAUCUCCACCUACAAUCCGGACAGAUUUGACCUAACAAAUCGCUGGACCUACUCGGAUAUUGUAGCCGCCGCACCCGCAAAAACCACGAAUAUACCCAAUGAGUUUGUGCUAACCAUAAAAAAAGACAAGAAACUGGAUACGAUCAAACUUUCCUCGGAAUAUCGCAACGAUAUACUCAGCUCCAUAUUGAAAUAUUACAGGGAAUUCGCUGACAAGCCCAAAAAUGCUCUCCGUUUCAAUGCGUAUAAAUACCAUUGGUCGGGCAUUAGUUUGCCCACUGUGCUGGAGGUUACGCCCUGCUCCUUGGAUCAGUUGGAUCCCACCACGAACGAUGUGCUGACUAGCUAUAUGUACAAGGAUAUUGACGGAAUAAUAGCAGGCAUCUCGGACUAUGAUAAUGGCAUCGUGAUGGCCUACGGCGGCUUCAGCCGUCUGCACAUGUUCAAGGCGCUCAAUCAUCAUGAGAUCGUACAGAAUAUUGUCCAACGCUCCGCCCAGUUUCUCGGCAUCGAAACCAAAAUACUCAAGAGUCAAAUAACGCGCGAGAAAUUCGAUCGCCAGCGCUUUGGCAAAUACAGCGGUGAUCAGUUCCAGACCUCCAUGACAGAGUUCACAGUGCAAAAGAUAACGCCACGGCAUCCGGAUCCAGUCAAGCGCAUACUCUGCCUCACCGAGGUGACGCUGCUGGAGCGCGAUCCGCAAACGUACAGCGUCUGCACGCUGCGCCCGCUGGCCGAUGUGUUUGCGCUGGUGCGCGAUAAAGACAAUCUGCAGCGUUUUUGCAUCGAAUACAAGAACGGCAUUGUGCGCAGCUACAGCACCAACGAUCGCGAUUCCCUGCUGGCCACUGUGCUCGAUGCGGUGCGCUCCAGUGGCAAUCAGGAUGUCCACAUACGCAUUGGCAAUACGCCACGCGGCAAGCGCUAUGUGCCCCUGAACAGCUCCGUCGACGAGGAGACGGAGGCCAACCUAUUGCGCCUGGUUAUCAACAAUUUUCAUAACCCCAUCAAGCGCCAUGAGAUACUCGAGCGCUUCAAUGCCAACGUGCCGCACAGUGGACUCAACUACAGUGUCACCCAGGAUAGCCUGUUUGCGGAGAACAAGGAGAAGCUCAUACUCAGCGCAUUGCAGGCCUUGGCUCAAAAGGAACUGGACAGUCCGACGGCUCAGCUGACCAACACAGAACUGGAGGCUAUAUUCCAUGCGCUGACGCGUCUCCUGGCCAGCAAAGUGGGCUAUGCGGCCUUUACAAAUCUGCCGGGCUUUCGCGAAAUAAUCGGCACCAAGGUUGUGGCUGCACUGCGUCGGAAGGACUUGGCCGUCACGUACUCGGCGAUUGAUAUGAUCAACUCACUGAUGCAUUCGGUGAACACGGACCAUGACCUUAAGCAGGAGCAGCUGAACAAAUCUUCCAUAUUAUCAUCGAAAUCAUUUCUGGAAACCCUGCUCAACAUGUGGACCAUGCAUGUGAGCCACGGUAGCGGUGCGCUGGUUUUGUCCGCCAUGCUGGACUUCAUGACCUUUGCGUUGUGUGUGCCUUACAGCGAGACGACAGAUGGCAAACAGUUUGACAUACUGCUGGAGCUGGUGGCCGAGCGUGGACGUUCGUUGUACAAGCUGUUCCAGCAUCCAUCGCUGGCCAUUGUCAAGGGUGCGGGCUUGGUGCUGCGCGCCAUCAUCGAAGAGGGUGAGCUGCAUGUGGCACAGCAAAUGCAGGCGUUGGCCUUGGAUGAGGCGGCGCUCUGUCGCCAUCUGCUGGUGGCGCUCUACACGCCCUCCAAUGAUCCCACAUUAAUAACACAUCGCCAGCUGUCGCGGCACCUGAUUGGACUGUGGCUAACGGACAGCGAGGAGGCCAUGGAACUAUUCAAGCGCAUUUUCCCGGCCGGCUUGUUGACGUUCCUGGAGACGGAGGAGAGCGUGCCGGACACGGACGUCGAGGAGGACAAACUGAACUUUCGCGAUAAUCUCAAAUAUGCAAUACAACAUUCCAAGAAAACUCGCAAGAAUGUGAUAGAGAAGCAUCUGCAGGGCAUCAAGCACUGGGGCAUGAAUCUGAUCGAGCAACAGGAUGGCGCCGCCCAGGCGCUCAAGAAUCGUCCGGUGGUGCUGCGCAAUCGACGCCAAAAGAAGAAAACAACCGAAGCCAUUGUCAACUUGCCCUAUUUCUUUUACAAUUUUGCCAAAGAUCACAGUUUGCCCAACCUGAUAUGGAAUCACAAGACGCGCGAGGAGCUGCGCAUGUGCCUGGAGAAUGAGUUGCGUCAGUUCCUAAACGAUCGCGACUUGGCUGGCCAGAUGAUUGUCGCCUGGAACUAUCAGGAAUUUGAAGUGGGCUAUCAAUGUCUCGCCGAGGAAAUCAAAAUUGGCGACUACUACAUACGACUGAUACUGGAGAAGGAUGACUGGCCGCAGAAUCUGGUUAAGGAUCCCAUUGAGCUCUUUAAUGCCUUGUAUCGACGCGUGCUGUGCCGGCAGCGGGUCAAUGAUGAUCAGAUGACGGUCUUUUCGCUGCAGGCGCUGGCCAAGGUUUAUAGACGCUAUCACAAGGAGAUUGGCAAGUUCAGCGACAUGUCCUACAUUCUGCAGCUCAGCGAUCGCUGCCUAUCUCCUUCGAUGCGCGAUGCCUUAAUCAAUCUGAUAUCCUGUCUGGUACUGGAAAAGUCCAAUUGCCGCGCUUUGGUUGAUCAUGUCCAGUGUCUGGUGGAUUUAGUGACGUUGGCGCACUUGCACAAGGGCCGCGCCCAAUUGAAUACCAAAACGAAUGUGAUCGAGGCGGGUCCCAAUAUGGCCGCCUAUGAGGAGAAGGAUUGGUACUAUAACAUCGAAAAGGAUGGGCAGAAAGCAGAGCGUCAGGGACCCAUUACCUACUCGGAACUGAAGGAUCUCUGGCACAAGGGCCAGAUCACGCCCAAGACACGCUGCUGGGCCAUUGGCAUGGACGGCUGGCGUUCGCUGCAACAGAUACCUCAGCUGAAGUGGUGCCUUAUAGCCAAGGGCACGCCGCUGUACGACGAGACCGAGCUGGCUUCCAAGAUACUCGACAUACUGAUCAAGUGCACCAGCUUCUUUCCCAGCCGCACUCAGAGCGGCGUAGCUGUACUCAUACCCGGGCCCAAGCUGUCGCGCAAGCUUUCCGAAUUUAUUUGCCUGCCGCAUGUGGUGCAGGUGUGUCUGACGCAUGAUCCGGGUCUGUUGGAGCGUGUGGCUACGCUGCUCUGCCAGAUCAUGGAGGACAAUCCCGAGAUGCCCAAGGUGUAUAUGACGGGCGUGUUCUAUUUUAUGCUCAUGUACACUGGCAGCAAUAUACUGCCCAUUACACGUUUCCUGAAGAUGACGCACAUGAAGCAGGGAUUCCGCAGCGAGGAGACCUCGCAGUCGGGCAUUAUGCAUCGCAGUAUUCUGGGCCAGCUGCUGCCCGAGGCUAUGGUGUGCUUCCUGGAGAACUACAGCGCCGAAAAGUUUGCCGAAAUCUUUCUGGGCGAAUUCGAUACGCCCGAGGUGAUUUGGAGCUCGGAGAUGCGUCGCUUACUCAUCGAAAAGAUUGCCGCACACAUUGCCGACUUCACGCCGCGUCUGCGUGGCCAUACGAUGGCCCGAUAUCCAUACCUAGCCAUACCUGUGAUCAGCUAUCCGCAGCUGGAGAACGAGCUCUUCUGUCACAUCUACUAUUUGCGGCAUUUGUGCGACACCAGAAAGUUUCCCAAUUGGCCCAUCUCGGAUCCCGUACAGCUGCUCAAGCACACGCUGGACGCCUGGCGCAAGGAGGUGGAAAAGAAGCCGCCACAGAUGACGAUUCAGCAGGCCUACCAGGAUCUGGGCAUUGAUCUAACCAAGACGCCCAAGCCCGACGAGUCCAUGAUACGCAAGAGCUACUACAGGCUGGCGCAAAUGUAUCAUCCGGACAAGAAUCCCAAUGGCCGCGAGAUCUUCGAAAAGGUUAAUCAGGCCUAUGAGUUUCUGUGCUCGCGCAACGUCUGGAGCUCUGGCGGCCCCGAUCCCAAUAACAUAGUGCUCAUCUUGCGCACACAGAGCAUUCUCUUCGAGCGCUAUGCGGAUGUGCUGCGUCCUUACAAGUACGCCGGCUAUCCGCAGCUCAUCAAGACAAUACGGCUGGAGACGCGCGACGAUGAGCUCUUCUCCAAGGAGGCGCAACUAUUGACCGCCGCCUCGGAGCUGUGCUAUCACACAGUUCACUGCUCGGCGCUGAAUGCCGAGGAGCUGCGCCGCGAGGAGGGCAUCGAGGCGCUGCUGGAGGCUUAUUCGCGCUGCGUUUCCAUACUGGGCGUGGACUCGAAGCCGGAUUCCCUGCACUACCAGGUCAUCUCGAAUGUGACGCGCUGCUUUGAGGUCGCCUGCAACUUUGAGAAGUGCAAACAGAAGAUUAUACAGCUGCCGCAGCUACUCUCGGAUGUCUGCCGUGUGGUCUACUUCAAGCACACGCUCUCGGUUAGCCUGGUGACCAGCCUGGCGGCCAAUAACUAUGAUCUGCAGUGCAAUCUAUCGCGCAACGGUGUACUCUGGUCGCUGUUGCUCUUCAUCUUCGAGUACGACUACACGCUGGACGAGAGCGGCGUCGAGGUUAGCGACAAGUCCAACCAGCAGCAGUUGGCCAACAAUCUGGCCAAAAUGGCCGUGCUCGGCUGCAUAGCUCUGGCUGGCUACGACAUGGAGCUGCGCCACAAGCCCAUCACCGCCGGCAGCGAAUCCAGCUCGCCCGCGUUGACAGCCAAGCCGGCGCCCGCCAUCAAGCCGAAGCCAUCAACGUCAUCAGCGUCAUCAACGACCAACUCGGCGUAUACGCAAAAUGCGCAAAAUCCGCUGCAGAGCAAACAGCUGGCCAUAACCACGGGCAAGGAGAAGGAGCCGGCGGUGCUCACCAAUCAGGAUUCCAGCGUCAGCAGCAGCGACACAUCCAGUUCCACGCCCACGGACAGCGACCAGCAGCAGAAUCAGCAGCAGCAGCUGCUGGCCCGCCAGAACGCCAUUCAACAGAAGUACAUUGUCACGGGUGAGCCGAAGAAUACGCUGAUCAAGCAGGUGCUGGACCGCCUGCUGACCCGCUACAUUGCCAACCAGCUGGCGAGCGUGCGGGACAGCGAGGUGCUCAAGCUGCUGACGGCCAAUACGCGCAAUCCGUAUCUCAUCUGGGACAAUGGAACGCGCGCACAGCUCAAGGAUUUCCUGGAACAGCAGCGCCUGGCUUCCGCUAAGGAGACACACGAGGAUAUUGCACAAGUCUACGAGCUGGUUGCCGGCUUCGAGUUCGAUGCGCACAAGGAUGAGCUGCAAAUUGGUGGCAUAUUCAUACGCAUAUACAACGACAUGCCCACGCAUCCCAUUGCCCAGCCCAAGCAGUUCAUUAUGGAUCUGCUGGAGUACUUAAAGCAUGCCUAUCAGUUUCUGCAAUUCAAACGGUCGCCAGCAGCAGCCCCAGCUCCAGCCGCACUGCCCAAAAUGGGCAGCGAUGGCAUAUUGACGCCCACGCUGGCGCCCAAUCAUCCCCAGCUGCAGCAGCAACAGCAGCAGGAAGUCAAAACUGUCGGCACCUUCGACGAGGUGCUGAAUGCCUACAAUCGCUCGAAGAGCCGCAAAAAGCUGGAAACGGACGCACAAGCGGAGCAUCAGCUCUCGCUGCAGCAGGCCAAACAUGACUAUGCCAACGAUGGCCAAUUGGAGCUGCACAUAACGAUGGUGCUGCGCGCGCUGAUUGCGGUGAUCAAGACAAACGCCGAGGUGGAGAUCCAGUGCAUUGGCAAUUUUGAUAUGAUAUUCGGCUUUCUGGCCAACAACAUUUUCGCCGAUAACUCCAGUGUGAAGGCUGUGGCUCUGGAAGUGGUCGCCCUGGUGUCGCGCAACAAGGAAUGCGUCUCGGAGGUGGCUGCCUGCGAGAUACUUGGCAAUUAUUUGGUGGCACUCAAGGAUCCCGAGCUGCGCGCCAGCCAGGUCAAGGUGCUGGAGACUCUGUCCGGCCUGAUGAACGUCCAGGAGAUGAUCAAGGAGGCUCAGGCCAAGGGCGCUGUCAUCUAUUUGCUGGACAUGUUCUGCAAUUCACGUAAUCCGCAAAUACGCGAAAUGUGCGCCGAAAUCUUGGCCAAAAUGACAGCGGAUCGUCUGAGCGGGCCCAAGGUGCGAAUAACCGUAUCCAAGUUUCUGCCUGCGCUAUUCAUCGAUGCCAUGAUCGAAUCACCUCCGACAUCCGUGCAGUUGUUUGAGUCCAUACACGAGCAUCCGGAGCUGAUCUGGAACGACAAUACGCGCUCGAAUGUGUGCGACGCGGUCGCCGAGGCGUGCAACAGAUUCUAUCAGCAGCAAAAGACAAAUGCGCGACACCUGUGGAAGGAUCCCGAAAUUCUGAAGGAUAUUGUGUCCAAUGAGAUUGUUGUCGCCGGCGUCUAUUUGCGCCUGUUUGUCAGCAAUCCUGCCUGGACAUUACGCAAGCCCAAACAGUUUCUCUCCGAUCUCUUGGACUUUGUGGUCGAGCAGAUCAGCAAGAGCACAACGGAGCCGGAUGUGUUGGACUUGUCGACAACAGCGCUGGUAGAGCUGCUGCGCUCCCAGCCCGUGCUGGCCGACGAUAUACCCGUGCUGGGCCACAUACCCAAGCUGUUUAAUCUGCUCUCUGUGCAGCCAAAGAACACGCUAUCAGUAUUACACCAGCUGUCGCUGUCCGAGUUCUGUGUGGCGGCCAUCUCGCAAACGGAGUGCAUAGCUCCAGUGAAACGAUGCAUGGAACAGAAUCGGGAUUGCAUAGAGAAGUCAUGCGAAACGCUGAGUCGUCUCUUCAAGCAUCAGCAUGACUCUUUGAUCAGUCAAUCGCUUGAGGCGGGUCUUAUACCGUUUCUGCUGGGACUACUGGACAGUCGUUUGGAGUUCGUGGAUAAUGCAUCCGCGGUCAAAGCACAAAUUGUCGCUGCGCUCAAGGGCAUGACACACAAUCUGAAUUAUGGCGAUCGUGUCACGCAAAUAUUGCUCAAGCAUCCAGUCUGGGCAGAGUUCAAGGAUCAACGCCACGAUCUCUUCAUAACCGACACCAAUAUACGUGGCUACUUGACUGGCAUUAAUCCAACGGCGGGCUACCUCACCGCAGGACCAGCGCAGAGCGUGGAAGUGCUUACCUCACCGCCGCCCAUUGAUCGCGAUGAUCCGUCGGCACGUCAGACAAUUGAUUAGCGUCUGCUCAUCUAUCACAGCCCGACUAAAGUUAAGCAUAACUUAUGAGUGGUUCGGCUUUCAAAAUGUACAUCUAUCUUUUUGCCACAAAAGUUUUUAGAUGGAGAUGUACGGAUUUCCUUUAUUGUAUUAAAAGUUUUGCAUAUUUUUAUACACAUGCUGCAUUGUGUGAGCGGAGCGUAGGCGUGGCUAUCAGCAAACAAACAUAUUAACAAAUUUGUAACAAAGUCUAUGAAACGUUUAAUUUUUUAUAUUUAUAUAAAUUGUAUAAAUAGUAAUUAGCGAAUAUACAUACAUACACACACACACACAUAUAUAUAUACAUACAUACAUAUACACCUUAACUAAAGCAUGCAUAAAGUGAUUAAACAUAUGUAUUAUGAAUUAAAACGGACUCAUUAAAAAUGAAACGAUAAUGUUCUGAAAAAA